AAGAGGAGGAGGAGGGAGGAAGGGGCGGUGAUGCCGGGCGGCUCUGCCUUCCCGCUGCCCCCGGCGCGCCCGCGGAGCGCACGGAGGGACCCACACCGCCUCYCCAGCUCUGCUUGGGAGGAGGAAAAGUGGUGGCUCCGGCGGAGGGUGAAGUCACCAGCGGGAACAUCCCAACGCUUUCCCCCCACCUCGGGGAGUCUGUCUGCCCCUAAAGGAUGUGCUGACUGCCGUGAGUGGGAUUUUGGGGGAGCGAAGCUGCAUGAGACCAGGAACUCAUCACACAGCUCCAGCCCUUCUAUGGCUUCAGCAAUGUUGCCAGGGAAAGCAGAGAAGAGAAUCGCCUCGUCCAUCUUCAUCACUCUGGUGCCACCGCAGAGGGGGGUGGCCACCAAGGAGAAAACCCAACGGGAGCUGCAGCCAGACAGUGCCGAGGUUCCCAGCACCCAUUGCCCCCAGAUCCUGCUAUCACCUCCCACUUUGUCCAACAGAGAAACCCACACAAUGGCCCCUGUUCCUUCAUCCUCACCAGCCCUCACUCUCUCCAAAGCACCCCAGCCCUCGUCCACAGAGGCGCUGGGUCUGGCACUGCAGCAACUGGACCUUGACRCAUCCACCACCCUCCAGGCCCCUUCCACCUUCCCUGCUGAACUGAAGCCACCUACGUUCUGCCAGGAGCAAGCAGGCAAGCAGCAGKGGCAGGACACAAAUGGGUACCCAGAGAGGGACAGCUCCAGAGACAUCUGUGCCUUCUGCCACAAAGCUCUGGGGCCCCAGGAGCUGACGGUGGAGGCAAUGAGGAAGCAAUACCACCCUGACUGCUUCACCUGCCGCACAUGCCACCGGCUCCUGGCUGGGCAGCGCUACUUCCAGAAAGAUGGGUGCCCCAUGUGUGACACCUGCUUCCAGGCCACGCUGGAGAAAUGUGCCAAGUGCCGGGGUCUGAUCACGGAGCACAUCGUCCGUGCCCUGGGCAAAGGUUAUCACCCCAGCUGCUUCUGCUGCGCUGCCUGUGGCCGGUCCAUCGGCACCGAGAGCUUUGCUGUGGAUGAGCAGGGUGACACGUACUGUGUGCCUGACUUCUACAGGAAAUACGCCGCGGUGUGCGGUGCCUGUGAGCGCCCCAUUGUGCCCUGCGAGGACGAGGAUACCUACAAGAUCGAGUGCYUGGGACGCAGCUUCCAUGAGAGCUGCUACCGCUGCGAGAGCUGUGGGAUGYCCCUGUCCCCAGAGCUGACGGAGAACGGGUGCUACCCCCUGGAUGACCACMUCCUCUGCAAGUCCUGCCAUGUCCGCUGGCGCAAUGAGUCGUCCUGCUGAGACCCUGCAGCUCAUCAAUCUCCCUCUUCCAGUGCCAGGCAUCAAAAAGGGGGUGCACUGACUGGGAUGCACCCUGUGGCUGAACCUGGGUGCCUGCUGCAUCCCCAAAUUACAGCAGAUCUGGUGUUUUCAUUACCAAAAUGUCCUCAGGACCCUUACCUGGUGGGCUGGCGGGCUGGAGAAUUGUGGAUACGUCCCAGCCCAGCUCUGCACUCAUGAUGAACAUAAAACGCCCUGACAGAGCAGCAGUGGCUGCUCUGGCAGAGGAGUGGAGUUUUUAUUUYUUAUUUCUUUUUUUAAACUCCUUUUUUCAAGGCCAGUUUGGUUUUCUUGGGUGGUGUUGCUUUCUUCUCUAGCUUCCUUGGGGUUUCACUGAAAUGUUUCUCUCUGUGGAGAGCGAGCACUGAUUAAGUUACUCGCAGUUAAAUAAAACCCCAAGUUUAAAAUUCAUUCCUUUCAUCUACCCUGCAUCYCAAACCUAUCAAAUCCAAGUUUAAAAAUAAGGGGAAAAAAGCAACUUUUUGGAUUUUCUUGGYGUGGCAGGAUUUGGGUCACUCAGGUCCCAUACCAGUUGAUUUUGGGGUGUAGCGAUUUGCCAGAUGCCGCUGUCAGCCGGGGGAGAGCCGAGUGUUGUUUUUUGUGGUGGAUUUGGGAUUUGGCGAUGUGCUGUGAUGUUGAUAAAAGGGUUUUUGGUGGGUUUUGGGGUUUUUUUUGCUGACUGUGUGUCCUAGAGCCGGCAGAGGGCAGCCACCGCACAAAUUCCUCCAUCAGGCCGGAAAACUCCAGCUAAAAGCAUCCUGCAGCGCCGGGAUGCCGAGAAAGAUGGACAGCCUCACUUCUGCACGUUMCCCAAGAUUAUAUUGUUCCGCCAGUAUAAGCUUUUUGAUCUUGCCUCAGUCCAGCCCUCAAACCAGCAGAAAUUUCUCUGCAUGUCAACAUCUGCGCAACCGAUGUUGCCGGUGCUUAGUGGUUUCGUUUGCAAGGGCGUUGCAAACCAGGCGGAGAAACUUUUUAACUUUCUUUUUAACUGAAAGUGCUUAAAAAGCCACAAAUCAAGAGCAGAAAAUAGCAAGAGUGUGUGAGAUGAUGGUUAAUGCUUUCCUGAUGGAAAAAAUGGAGCUGUAAACAAAGAAAACAACCACCAGACCAGCAGCUCCUGGGUCACGUACAACAUCUCUCUGGCAUGUGCUGUGUUUAUGAGUGAAGGGGUUAAUGAUGGUUAAUUAAUCACACCAAUAACUAUUUCCUGAUGACUCUUCCCUGUCUACAAAGCUGAUUACUCAGGCUUUGUUAACAAGCAUCUCUGGGCUAUCAAUCACGUCAUAACUUGCUCUAAAUAUAUUUAUAAAUAAGUUGUGGUCUGUCCUGGUCGUGUAACCUGGUAGCUUUGGGUCGGGUUGGGUGGGAACUUUGUCCCAUGCCAGGGAAUUCCCAUGCUCCAAGUCAGCUCUCACCUUCCAUACCUGCUURCACUGUGAGGAAAAUCUGGCAUCAAAAUKAUGCUAAAAAGGUAAAAAGAUGUGACAGGGCCAAAGGGAGAAGGAAGGAGAAAUCCCAGAGGGCAAAGGGCGGCUUGGUUUUUUGAAACAUAUUUUUCUAAGCAAGGUUUUUGGGAAGGAUGGAAGUGCCAAUGCUGAGAAGUGUUUCAGAUGUGUUAUUGCMAGCUGCGCUACCCCUCAGCAAAGGAAUGGUGGGAAGAGUUGGGUAUUUUCCCCUUGGAGCCUUCCAGGAUGGGCUGUUGGCACUGGGACUGYGGAACUUUUGGCUGGAGGUAGGCAGGAAAAUUGACAAGCAGGCUUGGAGAAGGUCCUGGAAAGCAAGGAGAAAUGAAAGGCAUGGCUGGAGAGUUUGGCAGCGUGGUGAAGGGAUGUGAUGUGGUCAGAUUCAGCGUGGUUUUUCAGGAGUGGAGUGACAAGGGACAAGGAUGGAUGGACAUAGGGAGGAGGACAAAAGGCUGAUUUAAGCCAUUUUAUUYGCGGGUAAAGGGAGAAGCGCCAUGAGCCGAGGCGCAGGGAGCAUUGCUGUGCCUGAAAAGCAMAGCCCCGCAUUUUCCCUCGGGAGGAGCUCGAGGAAUUUUGAGCCGUACGAAGGAGAUCCUGCAGGGGUGAGGCUGCAGGAGCCGGAUCCCGUCCGCUGCCGAGCAAACCCAGACUGGCUCAGCCCGUCCUUGGGCUCCUCACCCUGCCACGAGCAUUUCUGCAAGCACCUAGGUCUGCAAAAAAUAAACCAAGCGUACAUCCUGCCUGGAAAAAUAACAUUUUGGGGGGCUGGGCUCCAAGGCCUUGUGGAGCCCCAUGGGAUCACCCAGGUCUGCUUGAGGUCCCUCCUCUUGUCCCCGAGGCAGUGCCAAAGGCAGAGAGGAUCCCAGAGCUCGGAAUGGCUCUGGCCCUCCCUUGKUUGCUGCAAUACACCCGUCAGCUCUUGCAAUCCCUCUUGGCAGGCCGAGGAGAGCGGGAAGGAUCUGGCUGCCCUCCAAGGAGCAGCAAAUGCAAAUAUUUCCCCACUUCAGGCUGGGUGCGGCCCGUGGAURAAAUUUCCUCGGGCUUUCCCAGCGAAGGCAUCUGAUAUCUCGCUSUGCUGCGAGGCCAACUUGCUCCCAGGAAUACAACGGUGCAUCCUAUAAAAAAACCCCAAAGGUUAUCUUUUUACAACUCAAAGGAUUGCCUGAUUUUUAAAAAGAGGUUUUAAAUUGAAGAAGGAGCUGCCAGGCACAGCUGUAGUGGUUAUAAAUCAGUGGUUAAAGUGUUGCUUCAUGAAAAAAAAAAAAAAGAAAACAAAACCUUUUUGGAGGUUUUGCAGGUCUUUUUGGAAAAUGGAAGAUUUGUAGUGUGGUGUAAGGAGAGUGGGAUGAUAAAGGGGCUGGAAAACAUACUGGGAGUAGGACUGGGUGCUGCUGAUGGUUUUUCUCAAACAGGAUAGAAAGAGCUGCAGGAAAACUGAGCUUUUCCUUUGGAUCCCAGGUUAAUGGCAGCCACAUCCCAGCUGGUUCCCUUCAGCRCUGUUCUUCCCCACAGACCAUUCAGACCGAUUUUCUGCACUUUCCUGUCUUCAACACAGCCUAAAAAGAAAUUUAUUUCUUAAAUGAAAAGCUGGUUCUGCGAGAGGUGAAAAUCAGCAGAGAUUAUACCAGGAACAGACCAAGCCUGGAUUUCUCCAGCUCAUGCAGCACAAGUGGGAUACAUAUACAUAAAUAUUUAAAAGGCUGUAUGCUAAUAUUCUCCUUUUUUUCCCAAUUUUCCUAGCAAAACUGAACCACCCACUGCCACAAUGUAGUUUUAAAACAGUAGUUUUGAUAGCACAAGGGGAAAGGGAUGAGGUGARUAUGCAAGCGCCUUACCAGGCUGCGAGUGCUACACUGGCUUCUUUAUAAAAGAUAUAAAUAAAAUAAAGGAUAAAAAGUCCAACCCACCCUAUUUCUCAAAACAGACACACAGCAUACACUUGCAAGCAGGGUUUUGCUUUCAUAUCCCAGAUUUCCUUCAUCGUAUCAACAACUACAACAUCCUGCAGCCCUAUUUCCUGAAAAUUACUAAUUUUCACCCAGAUUUGGCUUCAAGUGGUUUUUAGUUAUAUCUUUAUUUUGYUGGAGUAUCCAGUUGAGCAGUGCGAGUGAGGUGUUUUAUUAAAAUAAAAACAGGGCUAUUUUUCAAAGAGGUUAUACCCUCUGUCAAGGUGGAUUAUUGACCUCAGGCAUUUAUCACCGCGGGAAAAGAGUGGAGAAGGAUGGGGAACAAAUGUGUAUAAUAUAAUAAUAUAUCCCUUAAUUCUCCGUGCGGCUAAACUUCCCCUCACAGCAAAGCUGGGGAAUAUGCU